AAGCGGCGAAAAAAUAACAAAGCGUUGCUAUGGUGUCCUGUGUUUCACCAGCGAGCACCGCAAAGCAUAAAAUACAUAAACAAGGAGAUGGUUCCAUCUUCUGUGUCCAUCCAUUGCUCAACUCGUGGCAUCUGCAGUAGCCAGAUGAAUGCCAGUAAAACGACGGUGGUGGUGAUGCCGCUUGACCUUUAAAUAUAUAUUUUAAUACACUGAAUGUUUUUUUUUUAUACAGUAUAAGGGAACUUCAUGAGGAGGAUAUCCUCGCAAACAGGAUACACGGUCACUAAAUGCAAAGUAGUCUCUGAUUUAAACGUAAAUUAACCAUGCACAACCCUCCAGCCCCACGGCUGCCCUUUCCAGCUGAAAUAGGCUGUACCAUGCCCUGCCGAGUUCCCUGUCGGAGCACCAACGGGCAUUCACAUGUCACCCACCGCCCUUCAGCUCUUUGGUAUUUCUUUGUCUGGCGCAACGGGUGGUGUGGAACGGGUCUGUGUGGCUGCGAGCUAAAGUCAAACGUGCCACCCACCCUCCGUUUGAUUUAGCACUCCCCACAGCUCCCACUCUGUGAUUAACGUUUUCCCAGGAUCUUUGCAUGAGCCCGUUGCGGUCUGGUUGACUCAACAUUUUGCCGUGCAGUUAAGUUUCUCGUGCUCAGCAAUCCAGCGUGUGAAUUUUUGUUGCAGUGAAAAUGUAACCCCGCAAAGGGCCCCCUUUACUUCACGAUGGUCAGUAUUGAAAAAUUACGCACGGACAAAAGCAUUCGAGAUCAAAACCAGUGGAGAGGUUUGUUGUUUAGACAAAGUCUGCUGGAAAAUGUUAAGUCUGCAAAGCCCAGAGGCUGAUGGACGAACAAGUACAGUAUUUAAUUUCAUGUGGAAACAGGCCAAUUUACUAAUUUAAAUGUAUUUCCAAUUAACGAUUGUGUUCGAAUUGAAUGCAAUUGUAGUCCUUUGGAAUUACAGAUUGCUACCUGUACCUUUUAUCCUAGUAAUUUAUCAUUUGCAUUACCAAAAAUUCGUACAUCUUAAUCAGCAUCCUGUCUAUGUGAUUGCAAUUUCUGGAACUUGUAACAUCAUACUAAAUUCUGCAAAUGCCAACAUUAUGACGAUGGCAUCAGUAGGACACGUUUAGAGGAGUACUAUGACGACGUGACGUCAUGCGCGCUGUGAGGCGCGAUGACGUCACGUCAGGGAGCUACUUAAAGGGGACCCCCGGUGACUGAAGCGGGGUCGUUGUGGGAGCCCGAGGAUGGUGAGGGUCUGAAGGAGGUCUCUCCUGCUCGCGACCGGACGGUGUUUGCUGAUCCCCCGUCCCCCGACUCGAGUGAGAUAGCCAAGGCUAGCAGACAUUGGAUAGAGCCCGAGGUCCGCGUGAAGGACCGAGUGUAGCGACACCUACCUCCGGUAGAGUUGUUACUUCCUUGUGUUAUUAAACCGGCGCAAGCCAUUUACCUGGAAUCUGCCUUCGAGUCGUCAUUCACCACUCAACACAUGUACCAAUGGAUUCAUCAAUUAAAAUUAAUCAAUUACACAAUAUUUUGUCUCUUUCCCGAUGGAUGUACACAUACAAUACCGUACACACUAUACUCAAAUCAAAGACAGUUUAUUCGUAUAACAAACUUUUAUUCUAAAAUGCAUGUACCCCUACUACCUAUGUGAUGCAUUGCUGUUAUAUCAGUUGUAAACUAUUGAGCAUAAAUAAUGGCGCUCUUGAAGAAUGGUACCUAUAUACAGUAUAUAUACCAGCAGCCUAUAUAACCAAAUUACCCACAUUGUUCUGGAUGUUUUCAACUUACGGAAGCUGUCGAAGAAAAUAGAUUUUCCAACAUUACAAAAGCUGGUUUAUUUUUAAAUCGCGGAAAUGCAAACCUGACUGGUAACAUUCAAAGUACUGUGUGUGUGUAUAUAGCACGUAAAGGAAGAAUAUACGUCUCCAAAGUGACGUACCUACACGCUCGGUAUAUAUUCUGGAGGUGUACACGUGUGAACAUUUCUUCUCCCUCAAAAUAAGUUUGUGCCGAACUUAAAUGUUCCAUCACUGCUACUGAGACACUGCCUCUGGGUAACGACGACGAAACAUGUUUUACAAGCACCAAGCUUAUGCGUGUAUCUAUAGAGUGGCAGUGCUGAUGCAUUGCGCAGUACCAGCGGCAAUGGGCAGCACAGUCCACGGGAGUCCGGCUGGCGUGGGGCGAGCAAGCGGCAGCACCAGGACCGUGUCGGUGACGGAGGGGCAACUCGCCGUGUUGGAGUGUGGCUCCGACUCCACCGGGCCUCUCAGAUACCUCUACUGGUACAAGGGAAGGGCGCCGCCUCAGAAAAAGCUGGUUGCAUACCUGAACAGCGAGACGCACGCGAACGGCACGGGCCGUGGUGAACCGGGCCAGAGGGCCUCCAUCCGGGGCCGCUCCACGCUGCAUCUCGGCCGGGCGAGACGAUCCGACUCGGGCACGUACCGCUGUGAAGCCCUGCCCGUGCGCUCACGGCACGUGGUUCGUCACGAGGUGCAGCUCAUCGUCACAGAGAGAAGUUUUGUUGUUGCAAGCGCAGUCAACGACCAGACACACACACCAAUUACAUCAGUCAACUCUUUGGUGACACCAGAACAAACAAGCUCAACAACGAGAAUGGGCAACAACGUUACAGACUUGCGUGGGAAAUUCCACAAAGACCUACACAGAAAAUUGUUUCCAGAUGGCACCAUAAAAUCUGAAGAAAUUUUGUUGGUGGUUAUAAUAAUCCUCAUGUUUUUGGCAUCAUUUCCCCUUGUUGUCAUCAUCCUUAAAAUUCUGUGCAAGAGGACAAAGACACAGGAAGAAGGAAGGACACUUAAAAAUAAAGAUGAGAAAAACCCAUGCCUUGCAACGUAGCACAUUUCCUCAUUCCAGCAUCAAUCACAUGGCUUGUG